UUAUCUCGUUCUCCAGGAUCGUUUGAUUACAGAAUAAACAGACUCUCAAUCAACUCUGGGCUUGAGUUUUGCUAGUUGAUAUUAAAACAUCAGCAUAUGGCCCUUAAUCUGGCCAGAAAAUCCAAGUCUAGAGCCUGAAAUCUCUAGAAGCCAAAGCUUGAAAUUUGAGGAAGUCAUGAUUUGGAAAACUUUAGGAGGGCACCGACCACAACGGUAGAAAGAUGACGCUCAUGCAACUGUUUGGUGCACUUUUCAUUGCGUACGGACCUCCCGCAUGUCUCUUCAUCAUCACAAUCGCUCGCAACCCGUUACGGGUAAUUGUCAUGAUCGCUGGGAUGUUUUUCUGGCUGGUAUCCUUGCUUUUCUCGUCCAUAUGGUGGUUUGCUGUGGUCCCUCUCAGGGACCAGCUAGCCUUUGGCCUGACGUUCUCGGUCCUGUUUCAGGAACUGAUGCGUCUCGGAUACUACAAGCUUCUCAGGAAAGCCGAGGACGGUCUGCAGCAAUUCAACCAGACAGGGCCACCAGACCCGAGGUCUGCUCCGAAUGCAAAUGGCACCACUUCAGACAGCGCACGCCACGUUUAUGCAUACGUGGCUGGUCUCGGCUUUGGGCUGAUGAGUGGCGUUUUGCAGUUGGUCAACGUUAUCGCUGACUCCAGGGGGCCCGGAACUGUAGGGAUUGAUGGGGGACCAUCGAACUUCCUCAUCACGUCAGCUUUCCUGACUAUGGCGUUUGUGCUCCUUCACAUUGUGUGGAACGUGCUGUUUUUCUGGGGUUGUGAGACGAAAAAGUACUACGUCAAUGCGAUCGUAGUGUUCUCCCAUUUCCUGGUAUCUGAAUUGACCCUUCUGAAUCAGGAGCAGCUCUAUACAGUCACCCUGCCGGUGGCCUACGCCAUACUCCUUGUCCAAACAGCCUGGGCCUUCAUCGUCGUUGGGGGCUCGGUGUCCAGCCUUCGCAAUGCCUUCAAGUGGAAAGCCCAGCGUUACGCCCUGUAAAUACGCCAAGUGGAUGAAAAGUAUACUCUUGUAAUACAUGUAGGUUCUGCGUAUCUGUAUGAUUUGAUCUGAAAACCCAUUUGAGCAAAGUUUUUAUCUGUUUAUGAUGGACUUGCAUGUUACUUCUUUUUAUAGAACUUGUUAGUUGGUGUUCAAGAUCAUUUGUUUCACCAAGAUUGGUUUCAUUAGCAAUAUCUGUGCCAGGAAAAAUUCCCUUCCGAUCAUGCAAGCAUGAAAUCCGAGAUAGCUGCCAGGAGUAAGACUUAUUCAAGUCAAUAGUGGUCAGACGAGGAAUGUUGACAUCAAAACAAAAAUGGUUCAACUGCUACAGAAGGAAAAUUUCCUAAAGGUGGCGUUUAGAGUGCACCACAACCCAUUCCCAUUGACAUGAUGUGAACGACAUCUCUAUCUUGAAACUCAUUUGUAAUUUUGUGUGGUACACGAGUAUAGUCACCAGACGGGUACUUCCUUAACUGAGUAAAGGAAAUAAACUUAAACUUUGUGGCAUUUCCUCUGAGUGUAACCAGAAUAGAUCAUUGCCUCAUCAUAUAGACCUUUAUCGUGGUACUGCCAUGUUUGCUUGUUCCCGGUAGACCCAUUGGCAACAGUGAUGCAACUUCACAUACUGAUUAAAGGGAACCGACUCUUCUUCCUUCCAGGCUCAGGCUGCAUCCGAAUCUCUCGUCUAGAGCUAGGUCUAGGUCUUCACUCCAUGCGUGGAGACGUGUAGACAAUAGACCUAGCCAUAGCUCUGGAAGCCCGUUUUGGACACGGCCUCAGUAUGGUUACAUUGCCUUGAAUGAUAGACAGGCAAGAUGGCUGCCCCAUGAUAGAGGUCUAUACCCUUUUUGUCUGGGUGCCUUCCAUAUGUAAGAAUAUAGGCCUGAGCAAGUUACAAAGCACCCUCUAUUUUGCAUCAAAUAGUGAUUGCUUCAAUAAUUAAGUAAAAGCUCUGCAAUACAUGUACAUGCAGCCCACUAUGGACGGUGUGCUGACUGUAAGGAUACACUUUACCACUGCACCAUUAACUGUGUAACUGUUACCAGUUUUCUGUGACGUUUUCCCUGUUAUUUUUUAUGUACUUUUUUGCCUUUAAUUUUUUCUUAAAGUUAAAAAAUAAAGAUGGAGUUUAUACCUAUGUGUAGGUUUUAAAUAAAGUUCAUGCAUCCUA